AUGGUCGCGAGUUCGAGUCCGGGAAGCGGCGAUUCCAUCAUGGGUUGCGGCGGGUUGGCUGCGCGCAUGCUGACGGCGACGACGGAGGAGCUCUUUGAAAUCCCCGAGAUUGGCGUCCCGCCGGAAUUCGCGGAGAUGUGGGUCGCGUCGCACUCCGACGAUUCCUUUUCCGUCGCGUCGCAGCCGGUGCCGUUGGGCAGCUCCAACGGCUCUCUUGUUUGCCAGUGCGACUCGUGCCGUGCACUAUCGUGGGAAGAAGGCGCCUCGGGAGAGGUGUAUAACCCCACGAAAGGGUUCGCUGGUUGCGCGAUUAACGAAAUUGUUGCAGCACCCGCCGCAGUAGGCGCGGGGGAGGAAUCCGCCGCCCCGCGCGGAGUCCCCGCGGGCCUCGCAGCGUUCCUCCUGGACGCGCCAGUCGAAGCGCUAUUCGACUCCUACGACGACGCUUCCGCGCCCGCCGCCGUCACCUCCGCCGCAAUGGCUGCCGCUGCGGGAGGCGACCGCACGGCGUUCCCGCCCGGCGAGGGCAGCUGCAGUGGCUGGUUGCCCGAGCCGCUUGCGGCGGAGUCGGCGGCACACUUAUCGGCGGGGAUAGCUGCUGGCAGAGCCGCGGCGGCGGCGGAAGCAGCGAUGGCGGGCGGCUACGGGGACGCGAGCCUUCAGCAGCCGCGGUGGUGCGGAAAUGCGGCGGACGCGCGGAGGAACGGUGCGCACUGGUCAUACACCAUGCGAUCGUCCCCGGCACUAUCGUCCCCCGCGCAUUCCACUCCGCCGGGCCCCCAGCGCAGCGUCUCCACUAAUGGCGUCAGCCCGUGGCGCAACAUGGGUUCGCGCGAGUGGGAUGCGCUCGCGUCGCCCGCCAGUGUGGCGGAAGCGGAGCGGAGGGCGGAGCAGGCGGCGUGGAACGGCGGACCGAAGAGCGUGAGUAUGAACAUGGGUCUGCUCAUGGCGCACCGAGUGCUAGCGGAAUAUUACGCGGAACAGUGCGCGGAACAGUGCGCUGAAGUGCGCGGUGGAGGGUGCGGGGAAGGAUGGCAAGAGAACUGCAGUGGCGGCGCAGUUCGGGGGAGUGCGGCGGGGAGCGGGAUUGCGGACGAGGGGGAAGCGCUGGCGCAUGUGAGCAGCGCGGGGAGCACGCUGGAAGCGCCGUUCUAUAUGGGCGGAAGGGAGGGAAGCAGCAGCCAGGGGAGCGCGCGGAGCGGGAGCAGCAUUAGCGAAAGCGCGAGUGGCGGGGAGGGCGAGACGGAGGUACAUGCCAGCGCUGCUUCUGUCGCCGCUGCUGCUUCCGCCCCUUCCGCGCCUUCCGCCGCAUCCGCCCCUUCCGCCCUUUCCGCGCCGUCCGCGCCUUCCCCUCAGCACGUGACGUCCCCCGCGGAGCUGCAGCUGCGCGCGGAGCUGAUGCGCAUGGAGGCGGACCUGGCGUGGGCGCAGGGCAGCGCGCCCCCCUCGGCCAUGCCGUCCGCCCUGCGCCAGCAGCUGGCGCUCAUGCGCGGCGAGGUGGAGGCGCUGAGGCAGGCGCUGGACAGACAUGCGCAGGGGGAGGCGGGCGCGCAGGGCGCGCAGGGCGCGCAGGGCGCGCAGGGGGAGAGGAGGGAGCAGGGGAUAGAGCAAGAGGAGCAGGAGGAGGUGCAGGAGAGGAAGGGAAAGGGGAACGGGAGGCGGAGAGCGGAUGACGAUGAUGAAUAA